GCAACGCCGCAAUUUACACUCCUGUUUCCUCGCAACAUCUUCCAGGGGACCACGACAAAUCAAAAUGCCAUCCCUCGACUUCGUGAAAGCGGUCUGGACCCAACAUUUUCCGCCAGCACCCACCUUCACAGAGAAGAAUAUCGCUCCGCAGAAAGGGAAGACAUUCUUGAUAACAGGGGCAAACCAAGGACUCGGAUAUGAACUUGCAAAACUACUGUACCCGACAGGCGCAACAGUAUACAUGGCCAGCCGUUCCGAAGAGCGCACCUCACAGGCAAUCCACAAAAUCCAGGAAGCCCACCCUGAGGCUGCCACACCAGGAACGCUCAAGUUUUUGCAUGUAGAUAUGGCAGAUCUAGCAAGCGUGAAGCGCGCUGCUAUCGAGUUUGCUGCACAGGAAGCAAAACUCGAUGUCUUAUGGAACAACGCUGGAAUCGGCGGCGCACCGCUCGGGACGACGACAGCUCAGAACAUCGAAGGCCACAUCGGCACGAAUUGCGUUGCACCCUUGCUAUUUACACAGCUUCUUCUCCCGCUUCUACGAGAGGCGGCAACAUCCGCGCCAAAGGGAAGCGUGCGCGUGGUCUGGACCAGCUCGUUAAUGGUAGAUACCUUCUCACCAACCAAUGGUAUCGACUUCAAAACCAUAGAGGCUGGCAAAACAACAGAUUCCAACAUUGACUACGCCGUCAGCAAGGUCGGAAACUGGUUUUUGAGCCAUGAAGCUGCGAAAGCUUGGGAACCGUACGGUAUCUCCUCUGUGGUGCAGAAUCCGGGCAAUCUGAAUACGGAAGCCUACCGGUAUGUACCAGGGAUAAUGCGUAAGUUUCUACAGACUUUUCUCUUGUAUGAAACAAAGUAUGGGGCGUAUACCAUGGCAUAUGCUGGGUUGAGUGAAGAGGUCAUGAAUGGGGAAUAUGUCUGGCCGUGGGGAAGGAAAGGGAAGAGUCCCAGGGCGGAUAUCCAUGAGGCGAUUGAGAAAGGUGCAGCAGAGAGAUUUUGGGCUUGGUGCGAGGAGAUUGCAAAGCCGUACCUAUAAUAAACUCUCGACUGUGUGCUCAGUCUCGAUCUGCCGUCGGCAAUCAUGAUCGUCAUCAGUCGGAAAUUGUCCACGCCCUACGCGUGGCAUACUCAACAUCCACAUGGCGUUCUUCGUACGACAAUUAUGAAGAAGGACCUGAUACGUCUGGCAGUCCUCAGUGAACAACUUCUCAGCGGUGAUAGAGUGUAUGAAUGUCGAAAUAGUGGAAACUGUCACGA